UAGGGUGCGCAUUGCCCACCCUGCGCAAGUUAGAUCGCUGCGCCUCCUCCUCCACCCCUCUGCGGCUCUACUCGUCCCCUAAACUGACAAACUUCGCUCACUUUUUCUCUCUCCCGCUUUCUAAAUUCCGGUAUCGGACUCCGGGCAACCCGACUAAAAAUGGAUCGAUUCAAGUCGCAGCGCCGGGUCCAAAUCGACGAUUCCCAAUCUCCCAAUUUCGAAGACGAGGAAACCCUAGACCAGCGAGAUAACGAAAGCAACGGGAGAGGAAGGAGAUUGAGACCCUCGAGGAGCAAUGUCUUCGAAGAUCAGGAACCCUUCAUGGGCGUCAAGGUUCGAAGGAAAACUUCUUUCCACAGAGAGUACAGAGGAGACUACAUCGACGUCCCUUCGCAUUCAUAUUUGAUGAAAAUCUUGCAGAAACAAGGUGACAAUCAAGUUCUUUUUGCUGAUAAAGUUUUGAAGUUUACUGGUACUGGGAAGAUGAAAAGGAGGAUUUUGUUGAUUACUGACUAUGCCAUAUAUAUGGUUGACCCGGAGACUAAUACACUAAAACGGAGAAUAGCCUUGGCCGCUGUUGAAAAGAUGUGCUUGAGUGAACUAAGUGAUAAUUUUUUUGCUGUUAUUAUUCCCACAGAAUAUGAUUUGCUCAUGGCCAGUACUCGGAAGACUGAGAUUGUUACUGUGUUAGUUGAAGCUACUAAGAACGCUUCUAACUAUGAACUCGAGAUAGCUUUCUCUAACAGUUUUGAGUAUCAUGCAGGUGCCGAAUUUGUGAAAGAAGUUCAAUGUGAGGAAGUUGAAGGUGGUGUGAAAACCAGAAUUGUGAAAAAAUAACGUACAACUCGUGCUUGAUGCUAAGAGUGGGAUUGUCUGAUUAUUGCAAAUAUCGAUUCUGUCUGUCCAAGUUGAUGUUUAGAUAAGCACCAAACCGAUUCCAACCACAUAGGAAGGAAUAGUUAUAUGUGUCUAUUUGUGUGUUAUUCUUAUAAGACAAAUCAUAAGACUUUCUCUAAUAUGCAAGAUUAAAAUAUAGUGCUAAAUUUGGCAGUAGAAAAAAAGAAUGUUAUUUUUAGUCAAUUUUGUGUCAAAAAUGAUAUAAAAAAAUAAAAUAAAAUAAAAUAAAGUGUAAUGAUCAAUAUUAAAAAUAUAAAUUUUGUUAUUUCUCA